AUGCAACCAUCAAGUCAAGUGUGUCUACGGGAUUUCAUCCAGAGACGCGACUACUCAGAUGAGGAAAUUCGUUUUAUGCUUGAUUUGGAGUUCGUUCAGGACUUAGCGAAUAUUUAUUAUCUUAAAUGGUUGGCAGACAACAAGUACUUUGAAGACCCUGCGUUCAUGAACUAUUUGAAAUAUCUACAGUACUGGAAAGAGCCAGAAUACGCAUGCUAUCUUGUUUAUCCUCAAUGUCUGUAUUACCUAGAUAAGUUGCAGGAUGAAACUUUUCGAUUUCUACUGCAGGAUCAAAACCAUAUUUUGUUCUUGGACUGGCAGAGUUACCUGGCGAUGAGAAAGCAUUCAGAAGAACCAGCAAAAGUCAGUACUUCCCCAAAUACAGAGAGCACCAAAUAGAUAGUAUUCAAAUUUGCAUAGUUAUUCGUU